CAAAGAAAUUAAACUGGUUUAUACCAGCUCGUAGAAAAUAAUGGGUAUUGAAUUAAAUUGAUUUGUUCAAUUCAGCCACGUGAAUUAGUUGUUCAAGGUUAUUCUAUACAUCAUUGUCUUGUGGUUUCUCAUUAUCGCGCACCUAAAUAAGCUCUGUAGAACUUCUAAUUUAGGCAGUUUCAGAUAUAUGAAUGAGGAUUUCUCAAGUGCUUGCUAACCAUGUAAGAGCCAUAAUCAUUGGACCUCCAGGUUCCGGGAAAGCAACAAUAUCUGCGCGUUUACAAAAAGAUUUUCCUUUGGAAUACAUUAGCUGUGGUGAUGUAUUGAGGAACCACGUAUCUUCUAAAACAGAUAUCGGAAUCCAGGCGAGCGAGUUUAUACGAGUGGGCCAACUUGUUCCUGAUAACUUGGUAGUUAAAAUGAUCGUAUCAAUGUGUCAGGAAUAUACAAACAGAAAUUUGCUUAUCGAUGGCUUUCCCAGAACUGUUGAACAGGCUAAGAGUAUUCAAAAGCAGCUCCCAAUUGAUUGCGUGCUCUGUUUGGACGUGCCGUUUGAAGAAAUUAUCAACAGAAUAAGUGGUAGAUACAUUCACCUUCCAAGUGGUAGGACAUAUAACGACAGCUUCAACCCUCCGAAACGCAAGGGAUUUGAUGAUGUGACUGGAGAACCUUUAGUGCGAAGAGAAGAUGAUGAUCCAGUAGCUGUUCGCAAACGUUUGGAUGUCUAUCAACUUUCUACUCUGCCACUGCUAGAUUUUUAUAGAGAACAAAACAUUUUGCAUGUGUUCCAUGGACGGCGUACAAACGAGUUAUGGCCUCAGAUAUAUAAAGUCUUCUGUCAGUUUGUCAAACCUCUGCAAUAUACUGAAUACAAGGAUUAAAGGAUCAAAGUGCCAUUUCAGAGUCGGUGCUGUUUUUUAGUUAACUGGAAUUCAUGCCAAGAUAACAUUUAUAUCCUGAGUGCAAAAUUUUGUGUAUUUCAUUUGUUUAUUUCUAUUGUCACAAAAUAAACAUUCCAGAUGA